AUGCCCAAUGUCGUACUAAAUAGUCCUAGGGCUCGUUUUACUGUCUUCAAGUUUGUUUUCUGUCUGUCUCAAGCCGUUUAUGAUGUAGGUGACCUCGUCGCUCAACGAAAUGAUGGAAACAAUUCAAAGCACUUGCCUGGGCUUGUAGCUGUUCCAGAAUGUCCAGGAGGAGUUGUGGAGGACUGUUCUGUGGUGGUCGAUCCAUGUGUGCCGCUUCCGGCAAGUAGUGAAGCACCAGCUGUUGUUGAGCCACCAGUCACACUUGCUGCGGUACCUGAUAUGUCAUGGUACCGAUUAUCGAAUGAUCGAAUGCGUAUCCUUGCUGAUGAUAUCGAUGUUCCGCUUGGAUCGACCGCAAUUUUGCCUAUGCCUGAUGUCCCUAGAGCACGUAUUCGAAAGCAAAUGAGGAAGAUCUCUCAAUCAGCAGAAGACCUACGAAUAGACCCGGAGGAGAUCCUUUUCUGUUCUCUCUGUUUUGAAGAACACCCCGAACUUCCUGAGGACAUGGACCCCGAUGAACCAGAUGCGAGAGAAAAGCAAUGGAUGCUUGUACACAAUGUCGCCUUUGGGUUCACGCUGUAUGUGCUCGAGGUAUACCACAGAGAAACUUGUCAAGCUUGUAAAACUGGAAAGUACAGUAUUUAUGUGUUAAUCAGAAUGUAA